UUCGCCAGUUUAUAGACAGUCACUGAGGCGUCUAAAACAAGACAAGCUAAAUCCUGUAGAACAAUAUUUUUCAAAUCAAAAAGUAAACAUGCAGUCUGGACUAGCUCUUCUGCUCAUCGGGAUUCAACUCGUUUAUGCUGGGAAACAUUCCCUGCAGUACUUCUAUACAGCAACAUCAGGUUUACCAAAUUUUCCACAGUUCGUGUCGGUAGGGCUUGUAGAUGAACAGCCUUUCACAUACUAUGACAGCAACAUUCGCAGAGAGACUCCCAGGCAAGACUGGAUGGCUAAAUCUGAGGGAGAAGACUACUGGGAGCAACAGACUCAGACACUGACUGGGACUGAGCAGUCCUUCAAGAACAACAUCAAUGUUGCCAAAGAACGCUUCAAUCAGACUGGAGGUGUACAUAUAAAUCAAGUAAUGUAUGGCUGUUCUUGGGAUGAGGAGACCGGAGAUGUGGAUGGUUUUGAUGAGCAUGGAUAUGAUGGAGAGGACUUCUUUUCUCUUGAUUUGAAGAACCUGAGAUACAUUUCCACUGUGCCAGAGGCACAUAUCACUCUAGUAAAAGUGAACAAUAACAAAGCUCUUCUUGAACAAAAAAAACAAUACAGAACUCAGGAAUGCAUUGAGUGGCUAAAGAAGUACCUGCAGUAUGGAAAGAGCACUCUUGAGAGAAAAGUCUCUCCUGAGGUGUCUCUGCUGCAGAAGUCUCCCUCGUCUCCAGUCACGUGUCAUGCUACGGGUUUUUACCCCAAAGAAGUAACAAUCUCUUGGCAGAAAAACAAACAAGAUCAUGAUGAGGAUGUGGAUCUCGGUGAACUUGUUGUCAAUGAGGACGGGACCUUUCAGAAGACGAGCACCCUCAGUGUUAAACCUGAUGAUUGGAAGAUGAAUGUGUAUGAAUGUGUGGUGGAGCACAAGAGCAGAACCAUCAGGAGCAUCCUGACAGAGGACAAGAUCAAAACUAACUAUGCUCCUGUUCCCAUUGGCAUCAUUGUUGGUGUUGUUGCUGUUGUCCUCCUGCUGGUGAUCAUUGCUGUUGCUGGGUAUAAGGUCUAUCAGAAAAACAAAGGCUUCAACCCUGUCAAUGCAUCUGAUGAUGGUUCAAACAGCUCAGCUCAUUCAGAUCCAAAAGCAUAAAGAUCUAAGUGAUUAUUAUUGGAUUUGUUAUUGUAUUAUUACUAUUCAUUAGUGCAACUGUUUCAGUCAUGUGAAAUGAAUAAAAUGUUAUAUGUUUCAGACAUUUUAGGAGACUAGAUGCAAGAGAUGAAGUUAAAAAAAAAUGAUGCUAAUCCUGCUGUCCAUCUUGCUUACAACACAAACACACACUUUCACUUACACACACAGGAUAGAUUUCAGUGUUAGGAUUGAUAUAUAUUAUGGUUCUACAUUAAUUAUAUAUAAGAAAUAAAGAUUAUGUUACUUCACACUUUAUGUUGAUCUUUUGAUCUACUGCAAAACUUAAAAUAACUUUAAAUUUACUUUAAAAUGAUCUAGACUGGGCUAUUCCAUCAAUUAAAUUAAACAACCAAUAUGUAGGCUUCAUAUUUUAUUCCUUUUAUGGGAUUAUUGGGCUUUUUUUGUUUAUAUAAUUCCUUCUUUUUGCUUUACAUUAUUUAGAUCAUAAGCUGUACUAUAGAAUAAUAUUGAUUGUUGUAAUGUUUAAGAUACUGUAUUAUUAAACCUUUACAUGAACAUCUGUACAGUACAGUAAACUAGAUAUUUAGCUUUAUUUGAGGUUACUAAAUCUAAAUUGUUACAUUAAUGUUUUUUGUAUAUUGGUGGCCUUCAAAACAUUGUAAUGUUAUUUGGAUUCUUUAAAAAUAAAUAAACUUCACAAAAAGGAGCAAAUGGUGAAUAUCUUUCAGGAUACUCUUUCCAAAACAGCAAAAUCCAUAUUUCAUCAGAGUCUAUUGAAUUAGAUUUGUGCCAAAUAAAAUGAAUGUAAUUUUUCAAGAAACGUAUGAAAAUAUAAAUUGAAACUGAACAAAAUGUCUUUGAAACUAAAAAAUAAAUAAAUUACAGGCAAAA